AGUCAACGCCCUUUGGUUGAGCCACGAGAAUCUGAUUCUCGUUCGCAACACAGCCUUGCCAAUAUUUCGAGCCUCUAGCAUCUUCACAUCGAGUUGAAUUUCUAUUUCUAAGCAGCGCCCUGCGAGCAGACAGUCAGUCGAAGCUACGUACCCUCGUUCAUGUACGCUGUCGACGGUCGGAGAGAAAGCCGAUACCCCUCAAUCCCCUGUGGAGAAUCCCAGCACGGACAGGGAUCCAAGUCCGAGUUGGAGGAGCGACCGGAAGUUUGGGCCCUUGGGGUUGAGCCUUGGCGACUCGAAACUCGAGAUGCUUGCUUGGCCUUCGCGCAGAAGAGCGUGUCAGAGCAUGACACCAUCCGCGGAUACCUGUACAGCUGAUGCGUACAUUAGACACUCCAGCACUCGCUGUGCACACUCCUGACGACUGAGCUGCUGCAAGAUCUGAAGAAUCACAAGGGACAAACAACACCGCAAAGGUCCAUCUACCAUGCGUCCCGCCCUCCAUUCCGCUGCGAUUCCCUCGCGAACCGCCCAGUGCCACGCCUCCAACCUUCUGAGACUCCCCGACGGCACAUUGCUCUGCGCCUGGUUCGGUGGCUCGCAGGAAGGCCUACCCGACAUCGCCAUCUGGCUCUCGCGCCUCACACCCGGAAGCGAAGAAUGGUCCGAGCCCCAGAAGAUCUCUGCCGUCGACAAUCGCAGCUGCCAGAAUCCAGUGCUCUUCAAGGCCCCUGACACCGGCAAGCUCUGGCUGUUCCACACGGCACAGGAUGUCGGCAACCAAGAUGGCGCUGUCUUGCUGACGCGCACAUCAGAAGACGACGGCAAAACGUGGUCAGAGCCCAGCUUCCCCUUUGGCGAUCGACGGGGGUCACUCGCGAGACAGCCUGUGCAGGUUCUACAAGACGGCACAUGGGCGCUCCCCGUGUUCAACUGUCGUGCCCCCGAGGGCCAGCGAUGGAUCGGCAACGACGACACCUCGACGAUCCUCUACACCAAGGAUGGCGGGAAGACCUGGGGUGCCAGUGACGUGCCAGAGGGCGUGGGCGCCGUGCACAUGAACCCCAUCCGCCCACGCGAUGCGUCUUCGCCAUGGAUCGCCCUGUUCCGAAGUCGCUGGGCCGACAACAUCUACCGCUCGACGUCUCCCGACGGUCUCAACUGGGCGCCGCCACAGCCUACAAAGCUGCCCAACCCCAACAGUGGCAUCUGCGCUUCACGAUUACCCUCGGGGCAGCUCGUCGUCGUCUUCAACCGCUCGCGCCACGAACCUGGACUUGCCAAGCGAGAGGGUCUGUACGACGAUAUCACGCCCGAGUCGGACAAGCGGCCCAACCAAGUGGCCGUGCAUGGUAAAGAAGCCAUCUGGGGCAUGCCCCGCAAGGCGUUGACCGUUGGCUACUCAAACGACGACGGGCUCACGUGGAAGGAGAGGAUCUUGGAGGAUGGCGAUGGGUUCUGCAUGACCAACGACUCGAUGAAGAAGACGAACCGCGAGCUGAGCUACCCGAGCAUCUUGAUCGACGACGACGGUACGACGAACAUUGCUUUUACUUUCCAUAGGCAGCAUAUCAAGUAUGUCAGGAUCGACGAUGUGCUUGGAUGGGUGGACGAAGAUCCUAUAGCUUAG